GUUGCCCUAUCAUAUAUGUAUGUGCUCUUAAUCUGAAAGGUAUAAAUACGGAAGUGUGUGUUCAAUAAAUGAUGGCGCAGAAGAAGGCGUGUGCCUCUGAUGUAAAACUCUAACAACGUGUAUGUGGUUUAUUCCUCCAUGAGAAGUGCGAGUUACCACGGUAUUUCUGCCCUAGAGAAUGGAACCUGCAACAGCCAUCAGUCAAACAAUACUGUUUGGUCUGGGUCUAAACAGAGCGCGUAGUGUGUGACGUCUUCUUUUGCGCAUGCGGGCCGCGUUAAGGGCUGUGAACGGUUCACACUAGAGCGCGUUUGCUGUGACAUUUUAUUUGUAGUGUGAACAAGCAGACAAAAACAUUGGAUUUGAUCAAAAAAUCGGAAUUGAGCAUUAAGACCUGCAGUGUGAACGUAGCCUUUGUUUCAGGUGAGCUGACCUUCUCCAGAGUUUUUAAAGAUACAGAUUAUUUUAACAAUCUAAAUUUCUUUUAGAAACAAAGCUAAAAAAAAAACCCCUGAAGACAGAGCCAACUCUUCAUGUGCUGGUUGAAAAUCAGCAGAAAAUGAAGACGUCCAGUACAGAGAGACUGGCUUCUUCAAGCAGAGACUUUAGACUCAGUGCAAGACAGGUGAUGGCACAGAGUGUAUACAUUCUUGGAAUAACUCACGGCAGUCAAAAGUCUUUGAGGGUGAGGAAGUAAUUUCAGACUUAAGGUGCUGUCAUGUCUGACUUCCUCUGUCACAGGAUUUUUGCAGGAAGCCAAAAACUGACAAUUUUUGCACUGCAGUAUUUCAGGGGCAUCGUGUGACACCUCUAGCAGCUUUGCAACCAGACAAAACUGACUUAUUGAACUGCAUGUUUUUUUUUUUUUGUACUUCCUUUUUUAUCUAAUGACAACUAGGCUGAAUGUUUCACUGUACUGGCUGCUAAUAAACAUCUUCAUUUCACUGUGAGAUCAUCACUUGGGUGCAUUUGGGAAUGAGUUUCUGAACAUGGUGACAGUCAGGAUGUUACUGAUGGUCGUCUUUUUUUCAGGUGCUUUGGCUGAUUGUCCUGGUGAAGCAGCACUCUUCAUAACUGCACCAAAGAAGCUGGAAGCACUGAGUGGAUCUUGUUUGCAAAUCCCAUGUAGCUUCAGACCCAAAGAAGAACAGAAAUUUAUCAGCACAAGAGAAAUCUUUGGAGUGUGGAUUAAAAAUGAUGAUAGAUUUACCAAAAAUCCAAACAAUGUGAUCUUCAACAGUAGUGGAGCAGUUAGCAUCUAUCCAAUGAGUAUUACUGGGAACCUGAGUCAGAAAGACUGCACCACUCUGUUUUCUAAUUUAACCACAAACUACACAGACACAUACUUCUUCAGAGUAGAGAGUGAACCAUUCAAGGCGACAGCUUCUUGUGAUCCUCUUCAAAUAACAGUCAGAGAUUCUCCUUGGAGGCCCAAUAUUACAAUCCCAGGUGAUCUGAAGGAGAAGGAGUCUGUCACUAUAACCUGCUCAGCUCUCACUCCCUGUCCACACUCCCCUCCUCAACUCACCUGGAAUCUCACACAAGAGUCUCACAACAAAAUAGAGGAAAACACAGAUGGAAACUUUACAACUAAAAUCCAGCAGACCAUCACUCUGUCAGACACAGAUGAUGGAAAGAAGAUCAGCUGCUCUGCCAGAUAUCCUGUGAACCAAGGAAAAGACACCAAGACAGCAGAGACAGAAGAGACUCUCAGUGUUUCAUAUGCUCCUAAAGACACCUCAGCAUCCAUCAGUCCAUCAGGUUUGGUGUCAGCAGGCAGCUGGGUGAAGCUGACCUGCUCCAGCAGAGCCAAACCUCCAGUCAGCAGCUUCACCUGGUUCAAGAAGAGCAGAGAUGGAGCUGUGAAAGUAUCUGAAGGAGAGAUUUACAGCUUCAAUGUAACAGAAAGAGGAGUUUAUUACUGUGUGGCCUCUAAUAAUCUGGGUAAUCAGACAUCAGCAGAGAUUCGUGUGACUGUUAAAGCAAUGAUCAAGCCUGUAUUAUGGGGGGCUGCUAUUGGAGCGAUCACUGGGAUCAUCAUUCUCAUCUGUAUGGUUUUCAUCCUUUGGUAUCUGAAGUCAACACAUGUAGCUUCACAUCCGACACAGAGUCUGUCUCUUGAAGAAGCAGCCAGAACAGCAGAAAAUGAAGACGUCCAUUACAAUGAGAUCGAGAUCUCGAAGCAGAGGCCUUCUUUAGACUCAGUGCAGGACAGCACACAGCAGCAGGAUGUGGUGUAUUCACAGGUCAAAGAGUGCAAGACUGAAAAAAGAUUAACACAGACAAGUGAUGGCGAGUGCUUCUACGCUCAAGUGCAGAAAAAUUGAGAGUGUGGCUGUGUCUUUGGUUAAACAAACGUUAAUACAGAGAAAUAUUCUCUUGUAGUUAAAUACAUGGAACCACAUCAAGAUGUUUAAGUUGAUAAUGUCUGAUGGUUGUUAACAGCAGUGAAUGGUGCUCCCACAGGAGACUAAAGUAAACAAAGGAGAUAUCAAAGUGACUCACAUUAGCAGUUUAUUUCCAGUAAAAUAUGUUUGUUCUGUGGAACUCAUUUAUCAUACAUACUACAUUUUCAGUGCUUCUAAAAUGAAGAAAUUUAAAAUAAAAAGCUCAGUAUGCAACUAAAAAAUAAGCUCCACCUUCUGUAUGUAUGACCCAAAAUGUUGUGUGUUGGGUGGGGAA